AUGGAAAUGAAUGAAAACGCAAUGAAUAAAAUGGUUGAGAAUGUACAAGAGUUUGUAAACCCUCUGCUAAAUCAGGCGCCGAAAAAUCAAGGUUUAUACGAUAAACGCCACGAGAAAGAUAGCUGUGGUGUGGGCUUUGUGGCGCAUAUUAAGGGCAAAAAAAGCCAUGAAAUUGUUAGCCAAGGCUUAACGCUUCUUAAAAACUUAACCCACCGUGGCGCCACUGGCUAUGACCCAAAAUUGGGCGAUGGUGCUGGUUUGCUCAUGCAAAUGCCUGAUGCGUUUAUGCGUAAAGAGGCGGCAAAAUUAAAUAUCACUUUGCCUGAGGCUGGCCAGUAUGCGGUUGGCAAUUUGUUUAUGCCGCAAACUAAAGCAAACCAAGCAAAAGUUGAAGCGGUGAUUGCAAGUAUUAUUGCCGAAGAAAACCAAACACUGCUUGGCUGGCGAGAUGUGCCAGUGGACAAUAGCAAUAUCGCAGAUGCAGCCCGUGCGGUUGAGCCAUGCAUGCGCCAAGUGAUUAUAGGUAGCAAGGCUGCCGACCAAAACACUUUUGAACGUAAAUGCUUUGUGAUUCGUAAGCGUAUUGAACAUGCGGUAACUGCCUUGAAGUUGCAAGAUAACGCACAAUUCUACGUCCCAUCAUUGUCAAGCCGCACUAUUGUUUAUAAAGGCAUGUUGUUAGCAAAUGAAGUGGGUGUUUAUUACCAAGAUUUGGUUGAUGAGAGCGUGGUUUCAGCACUUGCCUUAGUGCAUCAGCGUUUUUCAACCAACACAUUCCCCGCUUGGGAUUUAGCACACCCUUUCCGUAUGAUUGCGCACAAUGGUGAAAUUAACACUGUGCAAGGCAAUGUCAACUGGAUGGCAGCGCGCCACGAGACGAUGAAGUCUGCCGUGAUUGGCGAAGAUUUAGAAAAACUUUGGCCUUUAAUCGCAGAAGGUCAAUCAGACUCCGCUUGUUUUGAUAAUUGUUUAGAGCUUUUGGUUGCGGGUGGUUAUAGCUUGCCACAUGCCAUGAUGAUGUUGAUUCCUGAAGCGUGGAGUAACAAUGCGUUGAUGGAUGAAGAGCGUCGCGCAUUUUAUGAAUAUCACGCCGCCUUAAUGGAGCCGUGGGAUGGCCCAGCGGCUGUUGCAUUUACCGAUGGGCAAAUGAUUGGCGCAACGUUAGACCGUAACGGCUUGCGCCCAGCGCGUUAUUUGGUUACAGACGACGAUAUUGUGAUGAUGGCCUCUGAAAUGGGCGUGUUGACUUUUCCCCAAGAAAAAAUCAUUAAAAAAUGGCGUUUGCAACCGGGCAAAAUGUUGCUAAUUGAUACUGUGCAAGGGCGCAUUAUUGAUGACGGUGUAGUUAAAACGCAAAUCUCAACCGCAAAGCCAUACAAACAAUGGAUUGCGCAAUCUCGCUAUCAUUUAAGUGAUUUGCCCAAAGUAGAAUCAACACUUCAACUAACCGAGAGUUUGUUAGAUACGCAACAAGCGUUUGGUUAUACGCAAGAAGAUUUAAAAUUUGUACUGCAACCCAUGAUUGCCAAUGGUGAAGAAGGCGCUGGCUCUAUGGGUAACGACGCGGCAUUAACCGUGUUGUCAAACAAAGCCAAGCCACUUUAUAAUUACUUUAAGCAAUUAUUUGCGCAAGUCACUAAUCCGCCGAUUGACCCGAUUCGUGAAGAGUUGGUGAUGUCUUUAGUGACAUUUAUUGGCCCCAAACCAAAUUUAUUGGCGAUAGAUGAAACCAACCCGCCAGUGCGUUUAGAGGCUAGCCAGCCCAUUUUAACGCUAGAAGAGUUAGAGCAGCUUAAAAAUAUAGGCGAAGCAACAAAAGGCCAAUAUCAAUCCUUAGUAUUAGAUAUUACUUAUGAUGCGGCUUUAGGCAAAGCAGGCAUGGCAAAUGCCAUUGCCAGCAUUAACCAAACAGCAGAAAAUGCCGUGCGUAGCGGCAUUAAUGUGUUGAUAUUAUCUGAUAGAGCAGUUGCGACUAAUCGUAUUGCCAUUCCAGCUUUACUAGCUUGUUCAUCAUUACAUGAGCAUUUGGUUAAAACUGGUUUACGUACUAGCACAGGCUUGGUGGUGGAUACUGGCUCUGCACGUGAGGUGCAUCAUUUUGCUUUAUUAGCUGGCUAUGGUGCAGAAGCUGUUUGCCCUUGGCUCACUUUUAAAACCAUAGGAAAUAUUGCGGCAGAUGCCUAUUUGGCGAAUAAAAACUUUAUUAAAGCCAUUGGUAAAGGCUUAUAUAAAGUGAUGUCAAAAAUGGGUAUUUCAACCUAUCAGUCUUAUUGCGGUGCGCAGAUUUUUGAGGCGAUAGGUUUAAACAGUGCUUUUAUUGCACAAUAUUUCACAGGUACGGUUUCUCAGAUAGAGGGCAUUGGUUUGAAUGAGGUCGCAGAAGAAACAAUGCGGCUACAUAAUUUGGCCUUUGGAAAUGACCCUGUAUUAGCCAAUGCGUUAGAUGCGGGUGGCGAAUAUGCAUUUCGCGUACGUGGUGAAGAGCACAUGUGGACACCAGAGUCCAUUUCCAAAUUACAAAAUGCAACGCGUACAGGUAAAUACGAAACUUAUAAAGAAUACGCCAGACUGAUUAACGACCAAACACGUCGUCACAUGACACUGCGCGGUUUAUUUGAAAUUAAACCUGCAAAAGCGGCAAUUGCUUUGGAUCAAGUAGAGUCAGCAAAAGAUAUAGUUAAACGCUUUGCUACUGGCGCGAUGUCAUUAGGUUCAAUUUCUACCGAAGCGCAUGCUACCUUGGCAAUUGCCAUGAACCGAAUUGGUGGUAAAUCAAACACGGGUGAGGGUGGUGAAGACGCGAAGCGUUUUAUUCCGAUUGCGCAAGAUAGCACAAUGGCUGAAGUGAUAGGUAGAGAUUUAAUUGAAGCUGAUAUUGCCCUUAAAGCUGGAGACUCUAUGCGCUCUCGCAUUAAGCAAGUGGCCUCUGGUCGGUUUGGUGUGACAGCGGAUUAUUUGGCUUCUGCUGACCAAAUCCAAAUUAAAAUGGCGCAAGGCGCAAAGCCUGGUGAGGGCGGCCAGUUGCCUGGUCAUAAAGUGUCACCCUAUAUUGCGAAAUUGCGCUUUUCAGUGCCAGGAGUGGGCUUAAUUUCACCACCACCACACCAUGAUAUUUACUCGAUUGAAGAUUUGGCGCAGCUGAUUCAUGAUUUAAAAAAUGCCAACCCAAAAGCAUCUAUUUCUGUGAAAUUGGUGUCUGAAACAGGCAUUGGUGCUGAUGAGUUCGGUUUUGCUACAGCUCCGCUAGUGGUUGAGGGUUGUAUUAUGAUGCGUAAAUGUCAUCUCAAUACUUGCCCAGUAGGUGUGGCAACACAAGACCCUGAAUUACGCAAAAAAUUUACAGGCCAGCCUGAGCACGUGGUGAAUUACUUCUUCUUUGUGGCUGAAGAGGUGCGUGAACUCAUGGCUAGCAUGGGGAUUGCGAAAUUUGAUGAUUUAAUUGGUCGCGCUGAUUUGCUGAAUAUGCAAGCGGGCAUUGAACAUUGGAAAAUUCAAGGGUUAAACUUUGAUAAAGUGUUUCAUCAGCCCGAUAUGCCAGCCAGUGUUUCACGUAAAAAUAACGAUGUGCAAGACCACGGGCUAAAAAAUGCGCUAGAUAAUCAGCUUGUAGAUUUAGCUAAAACGGCUUUGGAAACUGGCAAAAAAGUCGUGUUAGACAUCCCAAUUACCAAUACCAACCGUACGGUCGGUACGAUGCUGUCGAACCAAGUAGCAACCCGCUACGGUAAUGCAGGUUUACCAAACAAUACCAUCACGGUGAACUUCACGGGCACAUCAGGGCAAAGUUUCGCAGCCUUUUUGGCUAAAGGCAUAACUUUUAACUUGACUGGCGAAGGCAAUGAUUAUGUUGGUAAAGGCCUGUGUGGCGGACGUAUAGUGAUUAAACCGCCUGUCGCUUUUAGAGGUGUACCGCAUGAAAACAUUAUUAUUGGUAAUACGGUCAUGUAUGGUGCUACUACAGGCGAAGCUUAUUUUAAUGGCGUAGCGGGUGAGCGCUUCUGUGUGCGAAACUCUGGCGCAUCUGCAGUGGUUGAAGGUGUAGGUAACCACGGUUGUGAAUAUAUGACAGGUGGCACAGUGGUUGUGCUUGGAACCACGGGUCAAAAUUUUGCGGCGGGCAUGAGUGGUGGUGUGGCUUAUGUAUAUGAUGAAGAUGGCAUGUUUGCUAAACGUUGCAAUAUGAGCAUGGUGAACUUAGAACAUGUCAUUGCGGCAGAAGCAGAUAUUGGCAAAAUACAACAUUUAAAUCAGCCAGAUGAAGUCACAUUAAAAUCGUUAAUAGAAAAUCAUGCAGACUACACAGGUAGCGCACGGGCUAAAGCCUUGUUGGCUGACUGGCAAGUAUCACGUGCAAAAUUUGUAAAGGUCAUGCCAAACGAAUACAAACGUGCCCUGACAGAGUUAGCGGCCGCAGCAAGUAAGGAAGCAGCAUAA